UUGACACGCUCCUGCUUUAAAGACACACGGGAAUAUUCCAAGUGGGGACCAUGAUGAUCCCAAGCGUCCUCGCGCCUCCCGCCCUUUACCCGGGCCUGUACCGGCCGACGAUGGCCGCCAUGCCGAUGCACCACCACGCCAUACCCGCCGCCGCUUUCCAGACCCACUCCAGCUUUCUCGUGGAGGACCUACUGCGGAUAAGCCGACCCGCGGCCUUCCUAAACCGGACCGUGCAGCCCGUCUACGGCGACGGCGCUUCCGCCACCUCCGUGACGCGGGAGUCCUGCUCGCCCAAAACGUCGAGCGGCAAGGAUCCCACGUUUCUCAAGUUUGGCGUGAGCGCCAUCCUCGCACCAUCACCAAAGACACCGUCCUCACCCCCGACAGUCCACAGCAUGCACUCCAAGAGCUUCCAUGUCCCGUGUUUUGAUGGAACCUUCCACCCCAUUUUCAGGACGCCUUACUUACCAGCGUCUUCGUCCGCCGUGCCCAUGCCGGGAACCUUCUCGUGGCCCCUGGCCGCCCGAGGGAAGCCCCGCCGGGGGAUGCUGAGGAGGGCGGUGUUCUCCGACGUGCAACGCAAAGCUUUGGAGAAGAUGUUCCAGAAACAGAAGUACAUCAGCAAGCCGGACAGGAAGAAGCUGGCGUCCAAGCUGGGCCUGAAAGACUCACAGGUGAAAAUUUGGUUCCAGAACAGGCGGAUGAAGUGGAGGAACUCCAAGGAGCGUGAGUUGCUUUCCUCCGGCGGCUGUCGCGAGCAGACGCUGCCCACGAAGGCCAACCCCAACCCGGACCUGAGCGACGUGGGCAAGAAGUCGUCCGCCGAAGAAGACGAGGACGAGGAGGCUUUCUCCUCCCCGCUGGUGUCGUCUCCGUGUCUCUCCAGCAAGCACUCGGACUUUUCGGAGUCGGACGAGGAGGAAAUAACAGUGUCUUAGUCGUGAGACUGUUUGGUUUAUGGAAGAAGCUACCGUCCUGUCGCGUGACCCCGCCCCCUUGCAAUUAGACGCCAUUGUUUUAAAAUAAAAAAAUAAAAAAAUUGAACAGCGCAUGCGCACCGGGCGGGAUCAGCUCCUUUGUUCCAUUUUGCUGUUUUUGCACAGCUUCAUUCAAUUGUACAGUGUUUUGUACAAUUUUGUAUGGACAUUUUAUGCCAAGAAUAUUGACUUGAUUUUGCUUUCAUCCUGAAUAGAGUUGUUUAUUGAAGGGAAAACAAAUGUAGCUAUUUCAUUAAUAAUUUAUAUGGAUUUGUUUUAUACGUAUGUUGUAUUAUGUGGUGUAUAUAUGUUCAUUUUACUUUUUUGUACA